AUGUCUUUCAAGAACGUUGCCAACAGCCUCGUCGUGCUUGCCGCCGCGUUUCAAGUCUCAUCGGGCGCGGUGCUUCGUGGGAUAUCUCUAGAACCCAGCUCGCAGCACGGCCAGGGCAAUGCUCUAGCGCUGGCUGGUGGACAAAACGAUGCCCCUCUGGAAGCCAAGGAUGUCCCCGACGGCAUGUUUCACGGCGGUCACCGUGUCCCGACUGCCGUUUUGGAGAUUGUCAGGCGUGCUUCUACUGCUGGCGUUGCGGUGUCGGAACAGGAGCUGAAGGAACUCAUCGCGGACGUCCAAGACGUCGAACAAAGGCUCUCCGCCUUGAUGAAAGGCCAGGCUGCUGCACUGACAUCCGGUGGCCAGGUACCAGAUGGAGCUGCCGCGGGCACAGGGUCGUCUGGCUCCUCUGGCGGCUCCCUGCCCGCGGAUGCCGCCUCUGACCCCGACACGCAGGAAGGCACAGCGACGGGCGCUCCCGACUUUGUGGUAAGUGGUCCUGUCCCUGAUCAGCUAAUGACCGGUGUAGCAAACUCGGCAAACUCGUUGGCAGCGACCUCGACCGCGUCAGUGAUCCAGGGGGUCGACAAUGGCCUCGGCGCAAGUGGUCGCGAUUUCGAGACAGUUGUCACGUCGUCCGUCAGGGCAGGCGCCAGCGGCUGUACCUUGACAAUCACACAGACCUUGACCGAGUACAUCUUUGACGAUCCUACACCACUCCCGGUCGCAGCGCCGUUGUCCUCGGGUCUGGAGGAUGUCUCCGCCCUCGUAGACGACCUUUCUGCGUCAGAGAAUCUCUCUGCCAACCUAGAAGCCAUUCCCUCGGGUGUGGACGACACAGCCCUUCUCGACAUGGCACUUGCGUCGCCUGGCGUCCCUGAAGCCAGCGCAUCUCUGCCUUCCAGUGCUGCGGCUCUCGAGGCCGCGCCGGAGGCAACACUUCCGCCUGCGCCUGCGGAGGUCGUGGCACAAGAAGCAAGUAGCGUGGCCCCGAGCGCAGAGCCGGUAGCUGCUGCUGUCAGUGCUGCACCGAGUGGGCCCGACAUCAUGACUCUGGCAUUCCCUGGAGACGACGCUUCAGCGAUUGCCUGGAGGACCAUCGCUCUUCCUUGA